CUGUCAUUGGAACAGGACGCAGUUUCGAGCUUAUUCCCACGAUAGAUUUCUUUUUUUUUUUUAAAUCACAUCCCCGCCGCGCACAGAACAUCCUACAAAAUGGGGUCAGGGGAAAGUACCGCCAGAAAAGUGUCUUUCGGUGUGGAUGAGGAGGACAGGGUGAGAAUUCUCCGUGGAGUCAAGCUGUCAGAAGAUGUACUUCAGAGGAUGAGAGGAGUAGCCAACAUUCCACCGGGACGCACACCCUCGCCAACGUCGACCAGCCCGAAGAAAGGCCCAGGCACCUCCCCAAGCCCUGGCACAACACCCAAUCCCAGUCCUGUUCCCCAGCAGAGCCCAAGGCUCCGGGCUAAAUCCAGCACCAAAACAAACACAAGUAAACCAGCCGCUAAUGCCAAGGAUGAACAGAAGAGGUAUGAGCGUGAGCAGGCAAUAUUGAAGGAGGAAUUGGCCAAGGAGGCACGCAGACAGAGAGAGGCAGCCCGGGAAGAAAUGACCAAGACACUGAGCAGAGAGAGACAACACACGCGUCAGGAGGCUGAAAUGGCCAAAGUGAUGGUCCAGCGGCUGCAGAAGAAAGAUACCGAGCUGAAAGCGCUGGAUGCCUUCUACAAGGAGCAGAUCGCCCAGCUGGAAAAGAGGAAUGCCGAGCGCUUCACACAAGGCAGAGAGAAGUUCCAUGAGGCUGCUUCCAAGACCGAAGGUCAUGUGAGGCCUCGUAACACAGAACCGGUGUGUCCUGGUCUGCAGGCCCAGAUCUUAAACUGCUACAAGGAGAACAGAGACGAGACCCUUCGUUGCUCAGACCUGGCCAAAGAGUACCUGCAGUGUAUCAAUGAUGCCAAGAAGAACUUGAUGGUCAACCAUGGAUGAAGGGAAGUAAAUACAGAGAAGAAGAGAAGAAGAAGAGGGUGAAACAUCUGACUGACGUCGUCACCUCUGCACUAAGAUCGACACCUACCCUACUCCUGCGUUUGGCUUGAUCUCCUUCAGACUGGCAGAUGGAGGGUUGACUGACUGAUGGUUUGCCUUCAUUUUUAUUUGUUUUGAUUUGUUUUGUAUUUUAAACUCAUUUCUUUCUAUUUGACCACGGUGUAUAUAUAUAUAUAUAUGAGUUGGAAGUUGCACUACUAUUAUGCAGCAUUGCUCCAGUCUGCAGGGAAAGGAAUAAAAAGGGUUGUCUGAAUUUGGAGUUGGAAGUCCACACACUUUCAAUUCAGUCAUUCACAAAACCAGGAGAAGCUAUACUUAUUUAUUUAUUUGAAGGAACUGGAAACACGUAGAGUCGCUUGUUAGAAGCCUGGUCGUUCCUUUUCAGUUCAUGUCCUUCAUUUUACAGUUUUGUAGGGCGGCGACACCAAAACCAACAUUUUGUGUUGGCUGGAUUGACGGUGCGUUGGUGUUGCGUUUCAUAUCCGAUAGACAAGACGGCUUUCUAAUGUUUUACUGCUUUAUGAUUUUGUAUUUUUAAUAACACACAUUUUAACUCAGGUAAUUCUGGCUGUGUGUAUGAUUUGUCAGAGCUGUAUUGUUAAUAUUGCAUGAUUUUAUUAAACCAUUCAUAUGCUGCCGGUAGUGAUGUUGCUAAGUGUCUUUGGUGCUGGGGGGCAAUAAAUCAGAACUUCUUGAACCCCCCCUUUUCUCCUCGCCGACCGGCUCUGUGCAUAACUGUAGUCCACUGACUUCCGGUUUCUACUGCAGCGGUCAUACCGGUUUCCUGUUUGUUGGUGUGUGCUGUUGACAGUGAAGAUUUACCAUGGAUAAAUGUCGAUGCCAUGCACACAACUGCCGACAAGCUUUCACCCGCAGCCACCAGCAAACGGGUGAGACGUUUCAAGUUGCACAUAUCAAGUUACCUCC